GACGCCUUGCUUAGUGCGGCAAAAACGUUUGUUCCUCGUCUUCACGAACGCAGGCGUAAGCGCGAGCGAUCUAGAGAGGGAAGUAGGAACCAUGUCUGCGAGAGCCGACGCCCGUGGCAAGAAGCGGAAAAUCAUCCAGGCAGACACUCAAGGGCGGGAAAAGGGUAGGCGGCAUGUCCCCAAGGCGAAGAGUCUUCGUUCAGAAGAAGCAUCAAGAAGCAUGCCUCUUCUGCGAGGACGGACUUGGGCGACACCUGAGGAAGACGACGACGAAGACGUGUUCACAACGCAGGAAGAAGUAGUAGAGGCCACCGUGUCGGCACCUCGGGGAAGCAAUCUUCAACGAUCGUCUGAUCAGAGCGCUGCGAGGAGAUUGCUGACGCCCCCUCUGGAGGCGCAACAAGCUCGUGGCCACGAAACCCCGAAUGCGAAGGAGGUUGUCGUCGACGUCGGCGGUGAGGACGACGAACCGUUGGAAAUCAGGCGGCAACGAAAUGUUACACAAGGCGCCACGGCGACGGCACUCAAGAUACGCGGUUCGACUAAASAAAGGCCACCGCAGGGUGGKCUGCCSUCCAKGCCGUCUCAGCCUCRUCCGUGCAACAYUGCUAGUGAGGGGGGCUCCGUGGAACAAAGUGGAGGGGGGGAAGCCCARCCAGAAGCGUGCAUGGCGGGUGGGGGGGGGAUCACAACUGCAGACGAUCAGGGGCGGGAAAGUAGUGUUGCGGCCRUGGUGAGAACGAGAGAGGAGCUCCAAGUUGCGCAGCGGGAGGUGGCAUGCAGCGRCAACAAGGGUGACAGGGAGGAUGAGGACACCCUUUUAAGCCGGGUGCGGAGGGGAGGCAUGGCGAAAGAUCUCGCCGACCRWGCCCGCCUCUGGGCUGAUGACAAAGCCUUUUGGACGAUAGGGGAGGGGCGAAGAUUGUACAACAUCGUCCAUGAAACGCGGGAGUACUUUGUUGCCAUCGCCAGCGGGCUGCAAGCGCCCUCCGUCCCCCGGAGCGUCGUCAUGCYGAAAUSUKCCAGGAGCGUAAUAAGGAUUGCAGAUCCAGCACAAGAGCAGCAGGCGAUCUCCCGYGCGGCGGCAGUGGAGAAUAUUGCUCUGCGUGUCUUGCACGGAUGGGKCUUCAAGUCCGGGAACCGCCCUCGAGGAUACAAUCUSGCUUUCUAGUACGUGCUSGAGUCAGUGGCAACAGACAUUGCGYGUGCCAUGUGGUAC